UAUAAUUUUAAGAAUUUCUUUGGAUGAAAGGGAGAAACCUAUUCUAAAUACUCCUAUAAAUUAUAUAAAACUUUAUAAAAAAUGUUGGUCGACUGAUCCGAAUCAACGCCCAAAAUUGGAGGAUAUUUUUUGUAGCCUUGAGAUAUUAGCAAAGGAAAAAACUAUUGAGUUUAUAACAAAUGAGAUAAACAAUGACACGGAACA